AUGUCUAAUUGGACAAGUUUGUGGUAUGUCUGGCUCAUCUUGCUGACUGUGUUCCUGCUCCUGCUCUGUGGGAUCGCAGGAAGCUGCAUCAAAUUCUGCUGCCAAAAGAAGAGGUUCCCAGUUGAGACCUUCCCCAGGCACCCGUGUGAUUUGACAGUUGCUGCUGCUGACAGUGACAGCACGCCCCACAGCACGGUGACCUCAUAUAGCUCAUUUCAGUACCCUCUGAGUGUCCCUACUCCUCCAAUAUUUAUGGAUAUGGAUAAGAACACCAUGUCCCCUCCAGCUUACAGUCUCUACACAAUGGACCUGCCACCAUCUUACGAUGAAGCUGUCCAGAUGGGUAAACAGUGCAUUGAAGUGGCACAGGUGAGCCAGAAACUCAACGACACCGCUGAGCAGGUGACACCAGGUGAGCUGAAUCCCAUCCAGUCUUCACCUGAUGCAACCAACAGAGAUCCAGCAACACAGGCAAGUUCAGAAAAUUCAGAAGAUGCAACACAAGAACAGCUGCGGCUCUGA